CUGUGACAGUUGUCCCAGAAAGGGCAUAAACAGGAUGUGGUGUUGCAUGAAACCUUCCUCCUACUGCACAGCCUGCCCGCUCUGCAACCCCGGUCCCCACCGCUAGAAGACAGCGGAACUGAGAAAAGAAGAGGCCUGUGGACAGAACAACCAUGUCUGACUCUCUGGUGGUGUGCGAGGUAGACCCAGAGCUAACAGAAAAGCUGAGGAAAUUCCGCUUCCGAAAAGAGACAGACAAUGCAGCCAUCAUAAUGAAGGUGGACAAAGACCGGCAGAUGGUGGUACUGGAAGAAGAAUUUCAGAACAUUUCCCCAGAGGAGCUCAAAAUGGAAUUGCCGGAGAGACAGCCCAGGUUCGUGGUUUACAGCUACAAGUACGUGCAUGACGAUGGCCGAGUGUCCUACCCUUUGUGUUUCAUCUUCUCCAGUCCUGUGGGCUGCAAGCCGGAACAACAGAUGAUGUAUGCAGGGAGUAAGAACAGGCUGGUGCAGACAGCAGAGCUCACAAAGGUUCAGGCUGGGCCGGGGCUCCAGAGUGUUAGGGAGAGGUGGUGUGGGUCCUGGGUCUCAGGGAAGAGGGACUAGAGUCCUCACUGUCUCAGUUUUGUUUUGUUUUUAAAGAACUGGGUCUGGCUCUGUCACCCAGGCUGGAGUGCAGUGGCGCAACCUCGGCUCACUGCAGCCUCCUCCUCCCGGGUUGAAGCGAUUCUCCUGCCUCAGCCUCCCAAGUAGCUAGGACUAUAGGCGCCCACCACCACGCCCGGCUAAUUUUUGUAUUUUUAGUAGAGUCAGGGUUUCACCAUAUUGGCCAGCCUGGUCUCGAACUCCUGACCUUAAGUGAUCCACCCACCUCAGCCUCCCAAAGUGCUCUCUUACAGGCGUGAGCCACCGCGCCCGGCCACUGUCUCAGUUCUUGAUGCCGAGACCUCUCUCUGCCCAGGUGUUUGAAAUCCGCACCACCGAUGACCUCACCGAGGCCUGGCUCCAAGAGAAGUUGUCUUUCUUUCGUUGAUUUCUGGGCUGGGGCCUGAAUUCCUGAUGUCUGAGUCCUCAAGGUGAUUGGGGACUUGGACCCCUAGGACCUGAACAACCAAGACUUUAAAUAAAUUUAAAAAUGCAAAAACUCAGA